AUGACGACUAGUAGUACUUCACGGUCAGCUCCACCGCCGUCACUACAAGAAGUACAAAGAAAACUGUCCGUUCAUUCAACAGCCAGACCUAAGAAGGUUCCGUCACAACCUUCUUCACACGUUUCUGGAACCGAGUCUGACUCUGACUCAGCUCUGUCUCCCGAUCUUGUCUCCCCAACAUCUCAGUCAUAUGGUUCUAAUGCGGUCUCCGGCAGUACAUCUCAGCCUCCAUUAUCCUCCAUUGCAGAGGGAAAAUCAGGAAGUGGUGAGGAGUCCGACGAAGACGAAGACGAGGAAGAGGAGGGUGGUUGGAGGACCGCAACCAAGGCCGAGAAACCGCACAGUUCUUUCGAUGAGAAGAUGAUCAAGUCGGGCUAUCUAUGGAAGAAAGGCGAGCGACGCAAGACAUGGAAGAAACGAUGGUUUGUGCUCCGACCUGCACAUAUCGCGUAUUACAAGACCAAUGCGGAAUACCAAUUGUUACGCCUUCUGGAUCUCUCCGACGUACAUUCUUGCACCCCAGUCACGCUCAAGAAACAUAACAAUACAUUUGGUGUUGUCUCUACUGUCAGAACGUUCUAUCUCCAGGCUGAAAGUCCAGUAGAGGUUCAGCGGUGGGUUCAAGCAAUACAGGACGCCAGGGAGGCUCUCAUGACCAUUUCAACUCAAACGUCAUUAAUCACAUCCCCUAUACCGAUCCCUGGGGCUCAAUCAGUACCUUGUCGCAUUAUGGUCUCGCACUCGCCUCCGCAAGCAUCUCACGCUCAAAAUAUAACCUCCUCGGACUCAGAAGAUGCAUCGCCAAGCGCCCAACGGACUUACUCGACCUCGUCCCAGAAUUGCCCUGCAAUUUCUUCCUCACCCACGCGAAUGCAAACGAUACCAAAAGAAGCUGCAAAGAUAGUCCUAUCUGGUUACUUGAUGAAAUGCGGCUCGAAGCGACAUAAUUGGCGCAAACGGUGGUUUGUGUUGAAUGGCGAAAAAUUAGUCUACUCGGGAAGUCACAUGGACACAAAACCCCAUCGGCAGUUUUCAUUUUCGGAGAUUCUCGAUGCCCUGGAGUUCGAUAUGCGGAGUCACAAGCACAGCGCACCUAUACCUCCUCCUUCGACCUCGCCAUUAGCGUCGUCAACAUCACCGGACGACUCGCAUGGCCACUUCACGUUUAAAAUAGUCACGACGAAAAGGGCGCUGCUUUUAUGUGCUCCAAGCGAGGAAGAAGAAAUCAAAUGGCUUAGUGCCAUUCGUGCUCUUAUAGCUCGACGAUCAGGCGCUGGCGUUGUGCCAGGAGACUCAAGUGGAAACGUCGGUAGCGCCUCGAAGCCGGCGGCUUCUGGUGCAGAUGCCAAUCAGGGCUCUGGGGGAGGAUCGGCAUCGAGUAGCGGGUUGAGACACAAGGUCAGGAACUUGAGUAUAAGCGGACCGAGUGGCAUUUCCACAGCGCCCAUUUCGGAGGACUAG